AUGGGUACUAAUGAUAAGGAGAAGGACAAGGCAGAGAGUUCUGGCAGAGAUGGAGGAAACCCAAUCGACUCCAAUUCGGCAUUCUAUCUACAUGCAUCAGAUUCACUGAGACAAAUGCAGGUGAACGAAGUGUUAACAGACAGAAAUUAUGGGGAUUGGUCGCAGGAGAUGGCUAAUUUCCUGUUUGCGAAAAACAAAAUGGGUUUUGUAAACAUAUCCAUUAAGAAACUGGAAGAACACGCAGACAAUUACAUGAUGUGGAUGAGAUGUGACGCCAUGAUUAAGGGCUGCCUCACCAUAACCAUGGAGAAGAACAUUAGAUCCAACGUAAAAUAUGCAGCUACAUCAGCAGAGAUGUGGCACGAUCUCAAAGAGCGUUUUGGGAAAGAAAGUGCCCCACGUUCCUAUGAGUUGAAGCAGACGCUGACUAUCACACAUCAAGACGGAGCAUCAGUCUCGUCCUAUUACACUAAUAUGCGAAAAAGGUUGAAAGAAGGUAAAGAAAAAGAAAGGCUUUAUGAGUUCUUGCUGGGCCUCGAUGAUGUGUACUCUACAGUCAGAACGCAAAUUCUGACCUCAAAGCCCACACCCACCUUGGGAGUAGCUUAUCAUCUGGUUGCUGAGGACGAGCAGCAACGAGCGAUUUCAGCGACAAGAAAGCCCUCCCACGAAGCUUCCGCCUUCCAAAGCUUUUCUUACAAACGAGAUACCACCAAUAAUGGUGCAUCACAGAAAAACAAGUUAUCCAGCAAGGAGGCGAAUCGCAAUACACAAGAAGUGGAGCAAUGUGUUCAUUGUGGCAAAAAUGGGAAUAACAAGGAAGGGUGUUUUAAAAGGAUAGUGUACCCGGAUUAG